UUGGGGUUUUCGCCUUCACAGUUACUUCUGGGUGGUUAUUCGAGUCGAUUCGAUCCGAUUCGAGUCGAUUCGAGUCGAUUCGAGCCGAUUCGAGCCGAUUCGAGUCGAUUCGAGCCGAUUCGAGCCGAUUCGAAUCGAUUCGAAUCGAUUCGAAUCGAUUCGAAUCGAUUCGAAUCGAUGAAAAAUUGGGGUUUUCGCCUUCACAGUUACUUCUGGGUGGUUAUUCGAGUCGAUUCGAUCCGAUUCGAGUCGAUUCGAGUCGAUUCGAGCCGAUUCGAGCCGAUUCGAGUCGAUUCGAGCCGAUUCGAGCCGAUUCGAAUCGAUUCGAAUCGAUUCGAAUCGAUUCGAAUCGAUUCGAAUCGAUGA